AUGAUCUCUGAUGAACAGCUGAACUCCUUGGCCAUCACCUUCGGUAUUGUGAUGAUGACUUUAAUUGUCAUUUACCAUGCUGUUGACUCCACCAUGUCUCCUAAGAACUAA